CUGAGCAAACAGUUGGCAAACGAACGCGGUUUCGAUUUGUUCUACGUGCUGCUGACAUGUGGACACUGAUUGCGUUGCUGCUGGGCUUCGUGCAUGUCGCCUUUGCGUUGGUUUACCUCUACCUGACCUGGUAUCAUGGCUAUUGGGACAAGCGAGGAUUGGUCACAGCCAAGCCGCUGACGCUGCUGGGCAGCUAUCCGGGUCUGUUUGGUGGAGGCAGCAAUUUCAUUGGGGAUCUGGGCAGGAUCUACAACAAAUACAAGGGCAAACAACGCGCUGUGGGCACAUUUUUGACGCGACAGCCGCAAAUUCUGGUGCUCGAUCCGCAACUGGCGCACGAGGUGUUGGUUACGAAUUUCAGUGAUUAUAGGGACACGGUGACGAGCAGCUAUGUGGCACACUCCAAGGACUAUGACAAAUAUGUGGCACGUAAUCCUUUCUUCAGUGCGGGCGACGAGUGGAAGAAACGACGCACAGACGGUGGAGCUGGGCUUACGUCCAACAAGCUGAAGCAGGCUUUUGCCAUCUGGGAGCAAACGGGUGAAAGGCUUUUGAACUAUAUACAGAGAUACAUCAAGGAGCGUGACAACAAUAUCAUCGAGACCAGAGAUCUAUGCUAUCGUUAUACGGCUCAAGCCAUGGGCGAUUUCAUCUGGGGCAUUGAUGUGGGCUCGCUGAGCGGCGGCAUCAACGAGAUCAGCCAGUUCCAGCAGUUCUCCAUGGAGUGGGUCAGUCACGCCUUUCACUGCAUAACGCGCUUCAACCAAACUCCAAUUGCGCCCAUAGUACGCAGACUAUUUCGCAUGCGCUUCUUCACACAGAAAUCGAAUGAGUUCUACCUAAAACUCACCCGGGAUGCGGCCAAGCUGCGGCUAAGUGGCAGCGGCGCCGAACGCUCCGAUUAUCUGGCCCAUUUGCUGCAGCUAAAGGAGAAGGGCGCCAGCUACGAUGACAUGGUCGGACAUGCACUAACUGUGCUCAUGGAUGGCUUCGAGACCUCGGCCGCUGUGCUCUAUCAUAUGCUCUAUACGUUGGGCGCGUAUCAAGAGCAACAGGAAAAACUACGCGCCGAAAUCUUGGAUGCCCUCGCUGUCGAUAAGAACAUUAGCUACGAACAGCUAAAUGCUCUACCUUAUCUCGAUCAGUGUGUGAACGAAUCGAUGCGUAUGACGAGUGUGAUUGGUUUCUUUAUCAAGAUCUGCACAAGGCCCACAACAAUGGAUUUGGGCAAUGACAAGAUUUUGGAGGUGGAACCGGGCACCACUGUGACAAUCCCCACAUAUCACCUGCAUCACGAUGAAACCUAUUUUCCUCAGCCCGAUGAGUUCAGGCCCGAACGAUUUGAUAGCGUGGCUGUCAGUGAGUUUACCAAGCGCGGUUGCCUGUUGCCCUUUGGCGAUGGACCCAGGAUUUGUCUGGGCAUGCGAGUGGGUUUACUAAAUGUUAAAAUGGCUGUGCUGCGCAUUUUAGCCGAAUACAAAAUCGAGCAGACUGCAAAAUUGCCCCUCAGCUCCGACUCCGGCUUGGGAAUCUAUUUGAAUGGUGAUGUUGAUUUGAGAUAUGUAAAAGUGCAAAAAUAAAAUUCGAAUUUCAA